AGAGGCAAAUUGAGGAUUCUGAAAAUAAGUGCUUUUCAAAGGACUUUCGAUGCUUUGACUUUCUUUUAGUCUCAGCUUGGAGAGGACCAUCUUCUAAAGCAUCUUCAUGUAUGGACUUCUCACUUGGCCAUGGAAAGACAGCAAUAAGACUGUUUAAAGAAUAGACAUCUGGAAAUAAUCAGAAGAACAACAUGGAAAAAUCUGAGAAAAGGGUUGCAACCCAUAGGGUCAGAUGCUUUUCCAAGAUCAAGAUGUUUCUGUUGGCAUUAACAUGUGCAUAUGUAUCCAAAUCGCUAUCCGGAACUUAUAUGAAUUCCAUGCUCACACAAAUAGAGAGACAGUUUGGUAUUCCCACAUCUAUAGUUGGGCUUAUCAAUGGAAGCUUUGAGAUAGGAAACCUUUUGUUGAUUAUAUUCGUGAGUUAUUUUGGAACAAAACUGCACAGACCUAUCAUGAUUGGUGUAGGAUGUGUGGUUAUGGGCCUGGGGUGUUUCUUAAUAUCGAUACCUCAUUUCCUCAUGGGCAGAUAUGAAUAUGAAACAACGAUUUCACCUACAAGCAACUUGUCCUCAAACAGCUUCUUGUGUAUGGAAAACAGAUCCCAGACCUUAAAGCCAACGCAAGACCCAGCAGAGUGUGUGAAGGAAAUGAAAUCAUUAAUGUGGAUAUAUGUACUGGUAGGAAAUAUUAUACGUGGAAUGGGUGAAACUCCCAUCAUGCCAUUGGGUAUUUCCUACAUAGAAGACUUUGCCAAAUCUGAAAACUCUCCUUUGUAUAUUGGGAUUUUAGAAACAGGAAUGACCAUUGGCCCUUUGAUUGGACUUCUGUUGGGAUCUUCCUGUGCAAACAUUUAUGUAGACACUGGGUCAGUGAAUACAGAUGACCUGACCAUAACUCCCACAGAUACACGAUGGGUCGGUGCUUGGUGGAUCGGCUUUUUGGUUUGUGCAGGAGUGAAUAUCCUGACCAGCAUCCCUUUUUUCUUCUUUCCAAAAACACUCCCAAAGGAAGGAUUACAAGAUAGUGGGGAUGGAGCUAAAAAUGGCAAAGAGAAGAAGCACAGAAAAAAGGCCAAGGGGGAAAACCGAGGAAUCACUAAAGAUUUCUUUCUGUUCAUGAAGAGCCUCUCCUGCAAUCCGAUUUACAUGCUUUUCAUCCUUGUAAGUGUAAUUCAAGUCAAUGCAUUUAUCAGUUCAUUUACCUUCAUGCCUAAGUAUCUGGAACAGCAAUAUGGAAAAUCUACUGCUGAGAUAGUCUUCCUCAUGGGUCUUUAUAUGUUACCUCCAAUAUGCCUUGGAUAUUUAAUUGGUGGUUUGAUUAUGAAGAAGUUCAAGAUUACUGUGAAGAAAGCUGCAUACAUAGGAUUCUGGCUAGCCCUGUCAGAGUACCUUCUGUCUUUUGUUAGCUAUAUGUUGACCUGUGAUAAUUUCCCAGUUGCUGGAUUAACUACCUCUUAUGAAGGAGUUCAUCACUCUCUGUAUGUGGAAAAUGAGGUCCUUGCUGACUGCAACACAAGGUGUAGCUGCGUAACAAACACAUGGGAUCCAGUGUGUGGAGACAAUGGCCUAGCAUACAUGUCAGCCUGCCUUGCAGGCUGUGAGAAGUCUGUUGGAACUGGAACCCACAUGGUGUUUCAAAAUUGCAGCUGCAUUUGGUCAUCAGGAAACUCAUCUGCAGUCCUGGGGCUGUGUAACAAGGGUCCUGAGUGUGCUAACAAGCUGCAGUACUUUUUAAUCAUAUCAAUAAUUGGAUGUUUCAUCUUCUCACUGGGAGCUAUACCUGGGUACAUGGUUCUUUUGAGGUGUAUGAAGUCUGAAGAAAAGUCACUUGGAGUUGGAUUACAUGCAUUUUGCAUGAGAAUAUUAGCUGGCAUUCCUGCACCUAUUUACUUUGGUGCUUUGAUAGACAGAACCUGUUUACAUUGGGGAACUCUGAAAUGUGGUGAGCCAGGGGCCUGUAGGAUGUAUGAUAUAAACAGCUUCAGGCGCAUUUACCUUGGGUUGCCUGCAGCACUGAGAGGAUCAAGCUUUCUCCCUGCCGUCUUCAUUCUAAUACUUAUGAGGAAAUUCCAAUUUCCUGGGGAAAUUGACUCUUCAGAAACUGAACUUGCAGAGAUGAAGCUCACAGUGAAGGAAAGUGAGUGUACAGAUGUGCACAGAAGUCCUAAGUUUGAGAAUGAUGGAGAACUGAAAGCUAAGCUGUAAUGAAUUUUCUACUGACCUGUACAAGGCCAUAAACAGAGUGUACAUUUCAAUAGUUUUGAAUUAUGAGUAGAAUAGGAACUCUUAUCUUAUUCUUAAGGCCUUCAAAAUUACUUUACUCAUGAUAAAAUUAGAUAGAUAGAUAGAUAGAUAGAUAGAUAGAUAGAUAGAUAGAUAGAUGAUAGCAUUUUCAAAAGGUUGGUGUAGCUCUUAAGAUAUUCCCAGGGAGAACUUCUAUAGUGACCCCCACUCUUAACCUUAAAGCUGCUUUCAUUUUUAAACAGCAUGUUCUCUUUUACCUCAGUCAAGGGAAAUGAAUAUUUCCUACAUAUCUUCAAAUAUCUUUGAAACUUUUCUAUUGCAGAAAUACUAUAUUUAGUUAUUUAGUUAUAUCUUGAUGCUGGAGGUAUUUAGAGUGCAAAAUGUGCAUUUUGGUUAAGCCACAAUGAAAUAAUUUGUUUUGAUUUAUCCUCUGUGUGUGCAAGAUCUCUGCAUUUCUUGUUAUGUAUGUAGGGGUGCUAACUCUCUGUUUUACUCUAGUCAAGACUUCUGAGUUUAGAUUGUUCAUAGUGUGCCAUCUCCUGUUUUCAGUCCCUUCUAUCAUUACUCCUGUCACACAGUUGGUCAUUUCGUUUACAUCACUGAAAACUUUAAUCAGGUUGUUAAAAAUCAUAUAGCAAAGAUGAUUGGAAUUUUUUCCCCUAGCAAUUCAAAGUUUGUCUUAAAAUCAAGAAUGGAAGAAAACUAGUCCUUUAUAAAGCUCCUUGUAGAGAUGGGAUGUAUCUCAGUGGAAUAGUGAUUGUUAAUACAUUUGAGGCCCUGGGUUCAACCACAAGGUAGGGUAAAUAGAUAAAGUAAUAAAAAUAAUUUAAGUUUAAAUGUAAUACCAGAUAUUCUGAAAAGGCUAAUUCUCAUUAAAUUCACAUUAAAAACAAAAUCUAGUUAUAUGGUUGUUUGAAUGAUAAAUAUCCUUUCUAGGCACAGGCAUUUGGAUAUUUGGUUUCUAGUUAACAACUCUGCUUAGGGAAGAUUGGACAUUCAUCUUUAAUACAGGAGAGUUCAAAGCCUAAACCUACUUCCAGUAUAGCCUCUGCUUUGUAGUUAGGAUGGUGAUGUGAAAUCUCAGCUUCCUGCUCCAGUCACCUUGCCUGAUGCUUGCUGCCAUCCCUUCGUGCCAUGAGAGAUUUCAAUCCAUUUGGUUUCAUAAGUCAAAAUAAAUCCCUUUUUAUAUGUGUUA